GGUAACUACUGAAAACCCUGCUGCUGUUGCUGAGGCUGAGUGAUCAACACUGUUGGUGAACAAGCCCUGUUGCCGAUUUAGCUGAGCAGACUGAAUGCAUAUUGAAAUACGUUGAAGUCGGGGAAUAUCCCCACGUUUUUGUUUAGGAUGAGCAUGGAAGAUUAUGACUACCUGUUCAAAAUUGUACUAAUAGGAAAUGCUGGUGUUGGGAAAACCUGCCUGGUCCGACGCUUCACUCAGGGCCUUUUCCCGCCUGGACAAGGGGCUACCAUAGGAGUUGACUUCAUGAUCAAGACUGUGGAGAUCAAAGGGGAAAAAGUAAAGCUGCAGAUCUGGGACACAGCAGGCCAGGAGCGUUUUCGAUCCAUCACCCAGAGUUAUUACCGGAGUGCCAACGCCCUCAUCCUCACCUAUGACAUCACGUGCGAGGACUCCUUCCGGUGCCUUCCAGAAUGGCUGAGGGAGAUUGAGCAGUAUGCCAACACCACCGUGGUCACUAUUUUAGUCGGCAAUAAGAUCGACCUAGCGGAGAAGAGGGAAGUCCUGAGGCAGAGAGCCGAAGAGUUUGCAAACUCCCAGAGCAUGCUUUAUCUGGAGACGUCAGCUAAGGAGUCUGAUAAUGUGGAGAAGCUCUUUCUGGAUCUGGCGUGCGAGCUGAUCCGCGACGCCAAACAGAACACGCUGGACAACAAUGACACGGCUAACGCUAUGCCAGGAGAGGGGAAAGCCAUCAGCUACCUAGGCUGCUGCAGCACUAACUAGUUCCGUUUCUAGAGCGCUGGGUCGUGUUCAUUUCUGUUCAUAAGGGCGCAACACCAACGGGGGAGGGGGUUCCUUAUCGGGACAGAUUUAGCUCAGUACCUUCCCGCUUCCCCUCUGUUUUGGGGACGUUUUCUUCCCGGGUUGAAUGCCUAUUGAACACGACCCUGAGCUGUACGAUGGCCAUGCAGCUGUGCUGAGUACACUACGACGUAGACCCUAACACAGUGGAAUGGAGAUGGAAGGAUGCCUCUGUCCUGUUUGUCCCAGUCCAGACUCCACGGUGCCACUCAGUCAGUCGCUCUUUUGAGUCCCGCCUUUUUAUCUUCAACGGACAGAACAAGAUCUGUCCAAUCACCUUCUUCUUGUUGUUUUAUCCUCGUGGGAAUAGAAAUGUUCAGAGGAUGUAAUACAAGUUGCUGCCACUAGACGGGAGUACAUACCUUUAUAUCCCUGGUGCGGUCGGGAUUGAGCAUACUUUACUAUAGGCCAUGUUGCAAGCUGAUGUGAUGUAUUGGGAGUUUUUCAAAGGAAAUCUGAGGAAGGUUCAAGGGAUUAAAUAUAUUCAUACACUAUUCAUUCCUUCAACGGGGGGUGGGUUGGUUGUGCCUCCUGUCCUGUGGGUUUGUGGGUAGAUUAAAAUCUAUAAUCCGGGAGAAGUCACCAGCAGUGUUACCUGAUUUCAAAGCACCACAAUUAUUUCCCUCACAAACAGGACAUGUACAGCCCAAUUCAAGUUUUUUUAAUUUGUCAACAAAUGAUCUGAAUAAGAUUGAAUAGAUAAAUGUGUGUGAAUGGGAAACCACCCAACCAACCACUUAUAUUAAAAAAAUACAAUUCAAAACACUUUGGCGUUUAAAUUUUGACGCAUGCUACAUGAAAUAGUUUGUUAGUUAGCUAUUGUAGCCUACCUAUACGAUGCACAACUUUAAUAUAUAGAUAUUAUAUACCCUUUCGAUUUAGGCUUCCUCAGUUGACCUAUUGGUUAUUGAGUAAUUGAUUGGCGCCAUUUUUUUUUUUUUUUACCGUAUUGAAAGAAAUGAAAAGCCCAAUUUACCAGAAGUGAUCAAUAUGAAUUUUGCGUUUUAUUCGUCAUCAGUACACUUCAUGUCCGAGAGCUCGUAGUAAAAGUUCAGAUUCCUUCUAGUAGCAUACACCCAGUGCGGGUUUAACUCAUUUAAAACCUUAUCAUUAUUAUAAAAUCGAUUGCACAUGUAAUUUUGUCUCUCGGCUCAAUUUACUCAAGCGUCUAUUGGUGAAUGUAGUUUGACACGUCUGAUUGCAAUGCAGUGUUGCAUGGUAAAGAAAGCAGUCGGUAUGUAUCCCAUGUUAUUCUCUAUAUAGUCAGUGCUCUACCUUUGACCUGAGCCCCUAUGAACCCCUAUGAGCCCCUAUGAGCCCCUAUGAACCCCUAUGAGCCCCCAUGAACCCCUAUGGGCCCAUAUGAACCCCUAUGAGCCCCAUGAACCCCUAUGAGCCCCCAUGAACCCAUAUGAACCCCUAUGAGCCCCCAUGAACCCAUAUGAGCCCCUAUGGACCCUGGUCAAAAGUAGUGCACUAUAUAGAGAAUAGGGACGAUGCUGAAGUAUUGUUUUUGUCUGCUUUGUUCAUGAAUGAUGUUGUUCAUUUCAGAUAAUGGACCAGUGUUCAUGAAUGAUGGACGUUCAUUUCAGAUAAUGGACCAGUGUUCAUGAAUGAUGUUGUUCAUUUCAGAUAAUGGACCAGUGUUCAUGAAUGAUGGACGUUCAUUUCAGAUAAUGGACCAGUGUUCAUGAAUGAUGUUGUUCAUUUCAGAUAAUGGACCAGUGUUCAUGAAUGAUGGACGUUCAUUUCAGAUAAUGGACCAGUGUUCAUGAAUGAUGUUGUUCAUUUCAGAUAAUGGACCAGUGUUCAUGAAUGAUGUUGUUCAUUUCAGAUAAUGUACCAGUGUUCAUGACUAAAGGUAACAAUUCCCUUAAUGUAUUCGUCUGAUUGUACAUGUUAUUACAAUGGAACUGUGAAUCUAUAUUUUUCGUUUAAAAUAGAUUCUCAACAUUUUACCUGCUGCUACAUUGUUUUCACAUGUUCAUGUUGUCUAAUAUGAAAAUCAAACCCGUACUCAAGAAUAAAUUAUAUUUAUUCUUUAAGUUAAACAUAAUUCUGUAUCGCCAAUUGUAUUAUUUUACUGCAUUGUUACUUGAUAAUGCAUUUAAUAAUGUACUCCAUUAACUAUUCAGUUAAUCCAUAGCCUCUAGUCAGUAUCUAGUUAGCUGCACGGAAAAUAUAUUUCAACUUUUCAAGUGUUAAAACACUAGUUCACUUCAACAUUAAGUUCAAAAUGUAUUUGUUUUCUUUGCGGUUGAUUUAAAAAAAAAAAUCUGCUGUUUCUAAAUACAUUGUUAGAUUUAAAUGAGUGUCAACUGUUUCCAGACAUCAAAAUUACUCUAAUAUUAAGAUGAGUCCAUGACAUCUCAUGUGAUCUAUUGUGAUUUUUAGAGUGACCAAUCCCGUCAUGUUAACUAUAACAGGAAAUGUGAAUUAUUAUGUGGAUUAUAAUUAAUUAACCUUUUUUUCUUUAGUACAACUUGAGUCUGAAAUUUCAAAGUGGAAAUGACAAACUUUAGAAGCCUUUAAAAAAAAAAACCUCAGAUACACUACACGUUUGUAUUUCCUGCAUCGCCAGGAAAAUUCUCAGCAACAAAAGAGUGAUCAAAUUAAGAGAUUACAUCUGUAGUGGAUUGCCCAAUGCUUGCCAUGAUUUUAAAAGUGUCAUGUAUUCUAUAUUACCACAUUUUUCUUUGAAAGCAAAACAUUUUUGAUCUUUUUUAGUUUUUGUACACAGAAUUAUUUGUAGCCUGGGUUCCAGUCUGUUUGUGCUAACACGCCACUCCUCGUGGAUUGUUGUAAUGUUGGCAUAAAACAAGUCUGGAUUUCAGGAUCAUUUGUACUGUAUUCCAUAUGCUUUUGGUGUUUUUUAUCUUACAGCUCCUGCCAUAUAUUUGAGUGUGUUGUAGCUCUAUUUUAUAGACCUGAUUGCCAUGAUGUUGUUACACAGCAUCAUAAUCUGCUGUAUAUUCAUAGUGUAGUUUUAAUAUUUCUUGUUUAUGUUGUACGCCUGUAUUUUAACUUAGCACUUUGCCUUUAUAUUACUGGCAGUAUAUAUAUAUAUAUAUAUACUUUUUUUUUUUUCUUCUCCAGAACAUUAUUUGAUAAAACUAAUGUUGAUCUAGCUGGUAUUGUUGUCUUUUGACUGCUACAGUACUGAGUAACUUGGUGAAACGGUGUUUACCCAUGUUUCAUGUUCUCGUACCUUUUCUUCUUUGGUCGAGAGACUCUAGAGGGAGAGAAACACAGUAAAAUACUUCAAUAGAAAACAGUUGAGAACGAGAGAAGCAACAGGAUGUUGUUACAUUUUAAUUUGGAUAUGACUUUUUCUUUUUAUGUGUACAAAAUAAUACCUAAGGUUAUCCUGUAUUUACAUUAAAUAAUCACACUAAACAUGA